CUCCCAUCACCAGUAACCGGCUGUCCAGUGGCGAACUUCUCCUGCUACUCGUAGCGUUUCUACUGUAAUCACUUAGAGCGGAAGGGCCGGCGAGACAGCGCAGCGAUGGCUGUGGCGGAGACGGCGUCGUGGCUGCAGCGGACCUCUACCCUGCUCGCCCCUGGACCCUGGCAGUGGGCCUGGCUUUCACCGUGGGCGUGGCUCUUCUCGUCAGAGGUCGCCAGUGCAUACGCCGCCUACAACGCCUCUGCCGUCAGCAACUCCACUGACCUCGAGCUGCGCGCCGAGGCGCCGCCCAGCCCGUCGGCGCUGGCGCUGUACGAGCACCUGUCGCUGCCGGUGCCUCUACCCUCAGCCGCGCACCUGGGGCUCGCCACCGGCCUGCUGCUGGCGCUCUUCUUCAACGCGCGCCGAGACGCCUUCAAGGAGCGGAAGCGCGCGGAGGCGUGGGCGGUGCGCGUGGCGUGCAGCGCGGCGUGGGUGGCGGGGGCGGCGGCGGCGCUGCCGGGGGCGGCGGCGCUGGUGGCGGCGUGCGCGCUCUACCGCCGCCUGGCGGCCGCCGUGCUCGCCUGCACCACCGGCCGAGACUUCGCAGGGCUGCUCGCCGGGCCCGACGCCGUCUGGGCCGUCGAGGACGACGCCGCGCGCUCCGUCAUCAACGUGCUCGCCACGCUGCAGGUGGAAGACGACGGCGUGGACGGCGCGCAGCUGCUGCGCCAGCUGCGGUCGCUGCUGCUGGAGCGGCUGCAGAGCGGCGCGCUGCCCGAGAAGCUGCUGCUGCUGCGCCGCCACUCGCCGCUGGGCUACUUCUACUGGCAGCGACGGCCCCAGCCGCUGCGCCUCGACGCCGUCGUCAGAGAGCACGUCCGCUUCCUCGACGAGGAAGACGACCUCGGCGAGGACGCCGCCAGGUUGGGCGGCGGGCGGCAGCAAGGGGGAGGCGGCCAGUGGUGCUGGCUGGGCGCGCUGCGGCGCCGCCUGUGCGAGCUGGCGAACGCGCCGCUGCCGCAGGGCCACGCCGCCGGCUGGGAGGUGCUCGUCAGCGCCGCGCCCCUGGCCGCCGGGCCCGCCGACGCCGGCCAGGACCCGCUCACCGCCAUGGAGGAAGGUCUGCCGGAAGGCGUAGUCGGUGUCGGGUUCCGGGUGUUCCCGGUGCUGCUGAGGGUGCAUCAUUCGCUGGGAGACGGCGUGGCCCUGCUACAUCUGCUGACGCACGCGCUCUCUGGUUCCCCACAGUCGUCUCCGCCGUCGUCGCCGCCCCCGCCGGCCUCGGAAGCGAGCUUCUUCCAGCGGGCGUCCUGUACACCCGGCGACGGCCGCGCCACGCCCAUCAUCUGCCAGGUGCCGACGCUGCGCGCCAUGCCGGCCACGACUCGAGCGUGGCCGCCGCAGCCGCCGGCGUCGCUCAGCACAGAGACGGAGCACGCCCCGCCGGCCGCCGCGCUCCGGCCGCGCUCUCCAGCUCCAGCUCCAGCGCCGGACCCGGCUCCAGGGGACCGGCAGAGGGACUUGGCCGUGUGGGUGGAGGCGGCCCGGCGCUCCACCCCCGCUGCGUGGGCGCCUCCGCGACCGGCCACGCCCGGCCUCCGCGACAGCUCUCGACCGGCGACGCCCUUCCAGUGCUUCAUCGACGCCGCGGGCGACGCCGUGUCGUUCACGGCCGCCGUCAACAGCAGGUCUCCGACGCAGGUGGGGGCCGGGCAGAGCCCCGCGGGGGGCGGCAGCCGCCCCACGUCCCCCCUGGCGCCCCCGGACUCCCCCGUGAAGCGGCCGGCGUCGCCCGUGCCGCCCUACAUCCCGGGCGUGCCCGCUUCGCCCGUCCGCCGCCCCCCGCGGAGGGUCCUCAACGGCCAGACUCCUCACCGGCCAUACAGCCCCACCGCACCGCCACUCACCACACUGCACUGCUACAGCGGCGGCGCCGCCGCCUUCGCGGACGACCUCUGCGACAGCAGCUGCGGGCUCGACAGUCGCGGCGGCACCACCGUAUACUACUACAGCGCGACCGACGGCAGCUGCAGGAAGCUGACGAGGAACUUCUCUCACGAUGACGGGCGCUCCAUCGCUCCCGAUACGCCCGAGAGAACCAAGUCCAAAAACUUGGCGCGUUCCGUUUCCUUCGGGCCUGUCGAGGUUCUGGACGGCUCUGAUAAGGAGACUCUCCCACAUGUGCCAACCACCGAGCAGGAAAUAAACCGGAGCGACGACGAUACCGAGACGGCUGCAGUACUUGAAGUUCACAACAGUCCAGCCAAGAAAGUUAAUUUCAAAGACAGUCCCGAGGCAAAAAAGGAGAUCGCCGUCGAUGACGCACCGCAGAAACCGUCGCUGCUCGUGCCGGCCGUAAAAGUGGAGGAAGUGUCUCUCCAACCUGGUAAUGAAGCUGAAGCAGCCCAAGGGACCACAAUACAGGCUCAGCAGAUGGAGCCGGAUAACAAGGACCUGCCUGGUGGAGGAGGGCAGAAGAGCUCUGAAUGCAAGGCUAGGCAACUUCCAAAGUUCAAGCUCGUUCCUGAAGGUGGUCAGCUCCUGCGCGUAGAAGCGCAGCUGAUGACCGCAAAUGCAGGUGUUUCGGGCAGCCCGUACGCGCCGCUGCUGCAGGCGAUCAGCGAGUCCGGUCGCAGCCGGUGCUCCGGCGCGCUGGAGACGGCUCGCGGCGCUUGCGCACUGCUGCUGACGCCGGCGGCGCUACUGCAGCAGGCGCUGCUGCACGCCGACCAUCAGCUGCCCUGCCCCGCCGGACACCUCUCCGGGGACAAGGUGGUGACGUGGCUGUCGGAGCCGCGGCUGCUGGAGGCGGCGCGGCGCGUGCGGCGGCGCGAGUGCGCGCGCUUCACGGACGUGCUGCUGGCGGCGCUGGCGGCGGCGCUAGACCGCCGGCUGGGCCCGCGCGCGCCGCGCUGCGCCACCGUCGUGCUGCCCGGCCGCGUCGCCGCCCCGGAGGAGCCGCCGCGCCCGGCCGCCGCCGACGUCUCCAGCUUCCUGGACAGCCCGGGCCCGCGGCCGCCGCUCGAGAACCGCUUCUCCGUGGGGCUGCUGCCGCUGCCGCUGGCCGGCGCCUCGCGCCUCCCGCCCAGCCGCCGCCUGCGCGAGGUCGCGCGGCGCUCGCGUCUCCUUCGCGCGUCGCCGGACUACCAGGUGAACUGGUGGCUGAUGCGAGUCGCGGCUAGUGUGCUGCCGACAGGGCUGCUGGGGCCCGCGCUGCGAAGCACGCGCUCCAGCCUCGUGGUGAGCAACUUACAAGGCCCGGAGCACCGCGUGCGCAUCGCUGGGCACGAGGUGCGAGACCUCGUCUUCUGGGUGCCCAACAGGGGCUCCAACGGAAUGGGUGUGAGCAUUCUGAGCUAUGCUGGUGGGCUGCAGCUGGGACUACAGCUGGACAAGGCCGUGGCACUGGGACCAGAUGAUGAGGCACGGCUGCUAACAGUUGUCGCUGCAGAGAUACACCGUAUGGACGCCGCCAGUCGUUCUGACCACUGAGAUGGACUAUCCAGCAUCCAGGUCGGCACUUCCCAAGGCCACACAUGUUCACUGUGUUUCCAUUUCUUUCUCUCUAUGCAGCCAAGCCAUCCAGAGUAUUCCUGCAGUUAUCACAAUAGCCGUACAGUAACAUUAAAGAAUAAAAUAUUUUUAAAAAUUGUCAAGGAAUGUGACUUCUGCCAUGAGUAUGAGAAGAUCUUUGUUAAGUGCAUGACAGAGGAUGCCCUUUAUUGCACCAACAUUCAGAUUUCUUCCUGUUUCAUUCAUGGAUGGAACAUGGGAAGAAUGUUUAUAUAAUUCUGUGUAAUAUGUUAUAGUUUUAUGCUUAUCUUCACUGGCCCUAUGACACACAUAGAUAUAUAAAGAAUAUUCAUAGCUUUCAAUUUAAAGCUAGUUUUUUGGAAGUUGGUAAGUAGGCUUUUGCAUGGUUCCAGGUACGUAAAAGCUGAGAUUCUGGAACAUGUGUGAAACUAAAUCAUGAGUAUUUGUGCUGCAUUUCUCUGUUUCUGAUUAAUGAGCCCUGUUAGUAUAACCUGACAACUGUCAGUCAUGUAAUCUGUUUUGUAGGCAAAUGGCAGUUUCCUUAAAUCCUUACCAAUGGUCUGAGGCCUGUCAGUUACUUUAUCUGCCAUUGAGCCUAUUUAUGAUCGACCCACUAACAUUCCCUCUGACAACUACUCCUACAAAUUCGUCUACCAACAUUUAUGAACUGUCAAAUGAUACUAGCCCAUGGUUAUUCAAACUUCUUGCUAUUCAAGAUAAUAUACAUUACACAGUGUGGAAAAUCCACAAAAACUCUAUGUAGCAGACCACAACCAUAAUCACACUUCCAGGCAAGGAUUGCUGGGGUCCAUAGUUUUCCAACCCAGAUAACAGAUUUCCCUUUUGACUAGAACCCCAACCUGAAAAACCUCCACAGCUGUUCUAGCAAACAUGCUUCAAAGUCAGAUAUUCAGUGCACAGUUAUUUCAACAUUACAACAAAAGUAAAAUAUUUCAACACAGAUUUCCAGCUUUUAAUAGUUCCCCAUAAACAGAUAACUUUGUGAAAACGAGUGAGCUAUGAUCCCAUAGAAGACAUUCCGCUCUUAAAAGUUAACUAUGCACAGUUUCAUGUUGACCAUAAAUUCUGAGAUGUACUAUGCAGAACCUCAGCUGAGAGCUAGCAAAAUUUUCUGUCUCAGAGAGAAGUCAACUAACAACAAGCCAGUAAAUAUUUAGGUGUUUCGUUCAAUAACUGACAUUUUCAACAUGGCUCUCUCAGCAACACAUCAGUAAAAAAAGAAAGAAAGAAAGAAAGAAA